AUGGCAAUGUCGCCCGAGGAAAAGUCGAAACUUCGUGGACAAGUUCUCGAUAUGUUUAAGCAUGGCUUUGGAUCUUACAUGAAAUAUGCUUUUCCAGCUGAUGAGUUAAUGCCAUUGAGUUGUAAAGGUCGAUAUCGUGGUUCUGAACCAUCUCGAGGUGAUAUCGAUGAUGCUCUUGGAAAUUUCUCCUUAACACUUGUUGAUAGCUUGGACACAUUAGCGGUGCUGGGUAUGUUUGAUGAAUUCGAACAUGCUGUUCGUCAAGUCAUUCAACACGUCUCUUUUGAUCGUGAUGUUAUCGUGUCUGUUUUCGAAACAAAUAUUCGUAUGAUUGGUGGUCUUCUCGGUGGUCACAUCUCAGCUAAAUAUAUCAAUUCACAUCAUCCAUUGCGCUUAUCAUGGUAUCGUGAUGAACUAUUGGUUUUAGCACAUGACUUAGGCCUUCGACUGCUGCCAGCAUUUAAUACAUCAAGUGGUUUGCCUUUACCACGUGUGAAUCUUCGUCAUGGAAUCGAUUUGACAUUGUCAAAAAGUGAUCGCGAACGUUUCACCUGUACAGCAUGUGCUGGAACAUUGAUAUUAGAAUGGGCUACUCUCUCACGACUGACGGGCAACUAUCUGUUCGAACAGUAUGCUGACCGUGCGAUGUCCUAUCUGUGGGAGCGUCGUCAUCGACAAUCAAAUCUAAUGGGUACUAUACUGAAUGUUCAUUCGGGUGAUUGGAUUGUUCGAGAAGCAGGCAUUGGUGCUGGUAUUGAUUCAUAUUAUGAAUACUUAUUUAAAGCUUAUGUUCUCUUGGGAGAAAAGAAUACGGAUUAUUUAGCUCGUUUUCAAGAACACUAUUCCUCGAUAAUGUCCUACGUUCAACAAGGUGUUGCUAUGGUUAAUGUUCACAUGCAUCAACCGUAUCGAUUAGCGAAAAAUCAUAUGGAUGCUUUGUUAGCGUUUUGGCCUGGCUUACAAGUCAUGACAGGCGACUUAAAACCGGCGAUUGAAUUGCACGAAAUGUUGUAUCAAGUUGUGAAGAAGCAUAAAUUUUUACCUGAAGCAUUUACAACUGACUAUAGAAUACAUUGGAAUUCCCAUCCGUUGCGACCUGAAUUUGUCGAGUCCACUUAUUUUAUCUAUAAAGCCACUGGUGAUCCUCAUUAUCUCGAAGUCGGACGUACAAUAUUGAACAAUUUAGAAGAACACGCUCGUGUUCCAUGUGGUUAUGCGGCUAUAUCCGAUGUAUCAACUGGUCAACAAGAAGACCGAAUGGAUUCAUUUGUCUUAGCAGAAACAUUCAAAUAUCUUUAUCUGCUAUUCGAUACAAGUCCACAUCGUUAUAUCGAUGUGGAUCAAUUCGUGUUUACCACCGAAGCUCAUAUCCUUCCGUUAGAUUUAUUCGCGUUUCAUGUUAACGAAACAUUACAGAAAGAAUUCGAUCGACAGACUUUAUUAUCUGCACGUCUGUAUGAACAAAAGAAUCUUUCGUUAACUGAACGAUUCAAUGAAAAACGAGCGAAGUAUAAUCAAUGUCCUGCGAUGGACGAUCAAUUUCAAUCGCACCAGUACAAGGAGAAAUUGAGAAGAAAUAUUCGUGGCGAUCAGGAUAUGACGGAAACAGUAACAACGAUUUCGGCGAUUGAACCAGAAAAACGAUCGAAAAAUGAAUCUCACAAUCGCUUGACAGCUUUGGAAUUUUCUGCUGUUAACCCUGAUCAUAUCACUCAAUUAUCGAAUAUGGGUAUACAAAUUCAAACAAUGACGGAUGGCCGUGUUCAAUUGAUCCACAAUUCAGCCACUGCCGCGUCACAUGAAGAUGCAGAAGAUGGUCUUUUGUUCAUUCAAGAAAUGAUAGACAUGAUGAAGAAUAUCAAUGGAUUAAACCCGACAUCAUCUGAGUCUAAUUAUCAUGUUCCAUUAUCGAUUAUUCCCUUGAUAGAUAACCCCGAAGGAAAACGGCAUAGUUUCGCCGUUGGAUCUGCUCAAUUUGGAAAACAAUUGCACGGCAAAUCAGGAAUAUUCGCUCAACUAUAUGUUGCUCAACCUUUCUCUGCUUGUUCGCAGCUGUUCUCUUCCCAUUUUCUUCACUCACGUAUUGGUAUUGUUCGACGUGGCGAUUGCAUGUUCAUUGAGAAAGCCCGUCGAUUGGAAAAUGUUCAUGCUAUUGGAGGAAUCGUCAUUGAUCAUAAUACUUCGUUGAAAUCGUCCACAAAUGGCAUAUUCUCCAUGACUGGUGAUGGAAAUAAUGAUGUUCAUAUUCCCGUUGUGUUAAUGUUCAAGGAAGAAGCAUUUCAUUUGUUACAUUUGCUAACAAAAUACCCGAAUUUGAUCGUUUAUGUUGGAGACGAACGUUGCUUGAAAGAAAGUUUCUAUGAACAACUCGAACUUCUGGAAAGCCUCGUUGAACCGUGGAAUCAAAUAACAAAUCGCUGGAUUUAUGGACAAAUGUCAUUGUUCAAAAAGAGAUCUACCUGCCCGAUGGUGCCAGAGAAGCUAAAAGAAUUCGAGCAGAAAAUUCAAUCACAACUAGAAACAAUAGACACGCCGCCUGUCGUUCAAUUUGAACAUUUUACUGAUACUAACGAUAACAAAUCUGUUGACGAAAUCACGUCACAAUUAUUCGCCAGUCUCAAUCUGACAACUGCAAAUCUCGGUGGUCAAUUAUAUAACAUUGAAGCGUAUCGUUCAGCAUUGAAUAAAGUAGUUCGUGCUGCCAUAGUUUCUGCGAAUCAAUCUCUCGCAGCAAAUAAUACCGCUACGCAGAACCAAGAACAAGAAGUGGAAAUUCCUGUAAUCAUCGAGCAAGAACCAUUGACGACAACAGCGGACACUAGGGAAUAUACAGAGAAAAGAUCCGAGUCCGAAGAGAAAAGCUGA